GUGUGGCCUUACCCGGCUGUCAGUGAUGGCCUUGCCCCGGUGAGCCAAAGCCUGCCCCUGUCACCCGCCGGCCGCCAGCCAGCAGGAUGAGGCUGUGGAAGGCGGUAGUGGUGACGCUGGCCUUCGUGAGCAUGGACGUCGGCGUGACCACGGCCAUCUAUGCCUUCAGCCACCUGGAUCGCAGCCUGCUGGAGGACAUCCGACACUUUAACAUCUUCGACUCGGUGCUGGACCUCUGGGCUGCCUGCCUGUACCGCAGCUGCUUGCUGCUGGGGGCUACCAUCGGUGUGGCCAAGAACAGCGCUCUGGGGCCACGGCGCCUGCGGGCCUCGUGGCUCGUCAUCACCCUCGUGUGCCUCUUUGUGGGCAUCUAUGCCAUGGCCAAACUGCUACUCUUCUCAGAGGUGCGCAGGCCCAUCCGGGACCCAUGGUUCUGGGCGCUCUUCGUAUGGACCUACAUCUCGCUGGCUGCCUCCUUCCUGCUGUGGGGGCUGCUGGCCACCGUGCGGCCGGACGCGGAGGCCCUGGAGCCGGGGAACGAGGGCUUCCACGGUGAGGGUGGGGCCCCUGCUGAGCAGGCAUCAGGGGCCACGCUGCAGAAGCUGCUGUCCUACACAAAGCCUGAUGUGGCCUUCCUAGUAGCUGCCUCUUUCUUCCUCAUCGUAGCGGCUCUGGGAGAGACCUUCCUGCCCUACUACACUGGCCGGGCCAUCGACAGCAUCGUCAUCCAGAAAAGCAUGGACCAGUUCACCACGGCCGUCGUCGUCGUCUGCCUGCUGGCCAUCGGCAGCUCAUUGGCCGCAGGUAUUCGGGGCGGCAUUUUCACCCUCGUAUUUGCCAGACUGAACAUUCGCCUUCGCAACUGUCUCUUCCGCUCCCUGGUGUCACAGGAGACGAGCUUCUUUGACGAGAAUCGCACAGGGGACCUCAUCUCCCGCCUCACCUCUGACACCACCAUGGUCAGCGACCUGGUCUCCCAGAACAUCAACAUCUUCCUGAGGAACACGGUCAAGGUCACGGGCGUGGUGGUCUUCAUGUUCAGCCUCUCCUGGCAGCUCUCCCUGGUCACCUUCAUGGGCUUCCCCAUCAUCAUGAUGGUGUCCAACAUCUACGGCAAGUACUACAAGAGGCUCUCCAAGGAGGUCCAGAGUGCCCUGGCCAGAGCCAGCACCACAGCCGAGGAGACCAUCAGCGCCAUGAAGACGGUCCGCAGCUUUGCCAAUGAGGAAGAGGAGGCAGAGGUGUUCCUGCGGAAGCUUCAGCAGGUCUACAAGCUGAACAGGAAGGAGGCCGCAGCCUACAUGUCCUACGUCUGGGGCAGUGGGCUCACACUCCUGGUGGUCCAGGUCAGUAUCCUCUACUACGGGGGCCACCUCGUCAUCUCGGGGCAGAUGAGCAGCGGCAACCUCAUCGCCUUCAUCAUCUAUGAGUUUGUCCUGGGAGACUGCAUGGAGUCCGUGGGCUCCGUCUAUAGCGGCCUGAUGCAGGGAGUGGGGGCUGCUGAGAAGGUGUUCGAGUUCAUUGACCGGCAGCCAACCAUGGUGCAUGACGGAAGAUUGGCCCCUGACCAUCUCGAGGGCAGGGUGGACUUUGAGAAUGUAACCUUCACCUACCGCACUCGGCCCCACACACAGGUCCUACAGAAUGUCUCCUUCAGCCUGUCCCCAGGCAAGGUGACGGCUCUGGUGGGGCCCUCGGGCAGCGGAAAGAGCUCCUGUGUGAACAUCCUGGAGAACUUCUACCCUCUGCAGGGCGGCCGGGUGUUGUUGGACGGCGAGCCCAUCGGCGCCUAUGACCACAAGUACCUGCACCGCGUGAUCUCACUGGUAAGCCAGGAGCCCGUGCUGUUCGCCCGCUCCAUCACAGACAACAUCUCCUACGGCCUGCCUACCGUGCCCUUCGAGAUGGUGGUGGAGGCUGCACAGAAGGCCAAUGCUCACGGCUUCAUCAUGGAGCUGCAGGACGGAUACAGCACAGAGACCGGGGAAAAGGGAGCCCAGCUGUCAGGUGGCCAGAAGCAGCGGGUGGCCAUGGCACGUGCACUAGUGCGGAACCCUCCUGUGCUCAUCCUGGACGAAGCCACCAGUGCCCUGGACGCAGAGAGUGAAUACCUGGUAGCCCUGGCUGACCUCAAAUACAGAGAGAUUCACCCCUCACCCCAGGAUUAAAAGGUGUGCACCACCACGCCCAGCUAUAUAUAUAUUUUUUUUCGGAGCUGAGGACCAAACCCAGGGCCUUGUGCUUUCUAGGCAAGCGCUCUACCACUGAGCUAAAUCCCCAACCCCUAUGUAUUUUUUUUUUCUUAAUAAGAAAGUGUUGACUGUAAGAAUCUUGAUUUAAAAUAUCGAUAUCCUUGGAAUGGAGGGUUUUUUUAAAGGAGAUUUAAAAUAAGUUUGUCAAUUUAAAACCAAUUUUUUAGAUUUAUUUAUUAUGUAUACAGCAUACUGCCUGUAGGCCAGAAGACAGCACCAGAUCUCAUUAUAGAUGGUUAUAAACGAGGCUGGUGCUCUUCCAGAGGACUUGGGUUUGAUUCCCAGCACCCACGUGGUGGCUCACGACCCUAUGCAACUCCAGUUCCAGGAGAAUCAGAUCAGGUGCUCUCUUCUGUUCUCUGUGGGCACUGCACACACGCCACACAGACUUAUACCUAGGAAAAGACUUUGUUUCCUUUUAAGAUCGAUUAUCUCUAUGUGGCUCUGGCUAUCAGGGAGCCUGCUAUAUAUAGACCAGGCCAGCCUCUAACUCAGAGAUCUUCCUGUCUAUGAAUGCUGGGAUUAAAAGUGUACUACCCCACCCAGAUCAUAUGCUUUUUAAAAAGAAAAUCUUAACAUUGUAAACAGAAUAAGCAUUAAUUUGUCUCAAGGUAUUGAAUUUUGACAUUAAAAUUAAAGAGUUAUAACCAUAUCUAAUUUUUAGUCAUUAGCAUAUAUCAAUCUUCAAUCAUUAUUUUUAUCCAUUUCCAUACUGUUUGACAGAAAGCCUGUAACUUUUACCACUUUAAAAAACACUUGAUACUUUACCAUUAUUAUUUCUGCAAAACAAAUUGUUGGACAGAGAUUCUCACCAUGUAGGUUGGCCUUCAACUCAGAGUUCCACCUGCUCCCAAAGUUCUUGGAUUAAGAAUAGGCUAGCAAUUAUAAAUACAGGUAAAACACAUUAAUAGUCUGGUUUUCCUUUAAAGUAACUAUGUUAAGUACUUUAAAUCACUUGCCUUUAAAAAUAAAAACAUGAAUAUUGUCCCAAAUAUAUUAGCAUAACGCAUUAAAAAUAUUAUUAUAGGGGCUGGAGAGAUGGCUCAGUGGUUAAGAGCAGUGACUGCUCUUCCAGAGGUCCUGAGUUCAAAUCCCAGCAACCACAUGGUGGCUCACAACCAUCUGUAAUGGGGUCUGAUGCCACCUUCUGGUGUGUCUGAAGACAGUAUACUCACAUUCAUAAAAUAAUAAAUCUUUAAAAAAAGAAUAUUAUUAUAAUAAUUAUAUAACACAUUAUCUAUCUAUAAACUCCAAGAUGUCUUUGUAAGCCUUAAAGGAGGUUAUUAUUCUUAUUAUCAUCAUCAUUAGUUUUUUGUUUUUUUUGAGACAGGAUUUCUCUGUGUAGCCCUGGCUGGCCUGAAACUCCGAAGUCUGCCUGCCUCUGCCUCCUGAGUGCUGGGAUUAAAGUUUUAACCACCACUUGCAUGUGUAUUCUAACUGAAAUAUACAAUGUUAAAUUUUGUUUUACACAAACAACAUAUGAAAACAAUUCUAUACACACAUGGCACAGCCAUACAAUUAAGAGUCUGUGCUACUCCUACAGUGGACUGGAACUCAGUUCCCAGGAACCACAACUCCAGCACCAGGGGAUCUGUUGCUCUCUUUUGGACUCCACAUAGAUAAGAAAAUAAAAAUGAUUUUUUACAAAAAGCUUAAAAGUGGGUUGUGGUAGCAUACAUCUUAUUCCAGCACUCUGAGGCAGAGGCAGGAGGAUCUGAGUUCAAGGCCAGCCUGGACUACAGAGAAGGUUCCAGGACAGCCAGGGCUACACAGAGAAACCCUGUCUCAAAAGAAAAGGAAAAAGGAAAAAGAAAAAAAAAGGUGUGAGAACAGAAGGCCUUAGUGGCACAAAGAGCAAAGGGCAAAGUUGAUCAUGGAGACUGAAGAGUAGCAGGACUUUGUCUUUGUCAGAGCUUAAGCAGCUGAGGGAGAGGAGGUACCAGACUGAUGUCCGCAUCUAGGAGUCAGAGGAAAGAACUAGUGUUGGAUCAGGCAUCACGGGCCACAUGUCAGUCUGGAGUCAGUGCCCUGGAGUCAGGCCCGAACCAUCCCAGGGGUGUGCACACGCGUGCGUGCGUGCGCGUGCGCACGCGGGAACACACACACACACACACACACACACACACACACGCUGGGUUAAAUACUAAGAGGGUCUCUGGCCAGAACAAGCAGCUAAGGAGCCCAAGAUAAGGGACCUCUCUCAGAAGGGCUGACAGCAGCACCACAGACACUCACUUCCCAGCAGGGAAGGCCCUGUGUAGCUCCCGCAGUCCAGGAUCUGCUCUGAAUGGAGCCUUAGCAUGGCUGGUAUGAUAAGGAUUUUAACCUCGGGUUAAGCAUGAGGUAGAAGGAAGCUGCUCCAGGACAGUCUAUAAGGUCACCCAGUAUCUUCCCCAAGGGAAGUGGUCUUCGAGGUGGGAAUUGUGGUACAACACGCUCUCUCCCUGUUUCUCUCUAGCUUCGAUCUUAAUCCGGGCCCAUAAUAUCUCCCUUUGAUUACAGCAUUUUGCUCUAAGACAGAGAUGAGUGGGGGUGGGUCUCGGGUUCACCCUUAGCUCCCUUAUAACCUCAAUAUUAAAUUCUUAAUUUAUUAAUUUCAUCUUUAUGUGUGAGCUUUGCUUCAUGUAUAGAUUGUGUACCAUGCACAUGCCUGGUGGCUGAGAUCAGAAGAGGGCAUCAGAUCCCCCGGAAGUGAAGUAACAGAAGGUGUGAAACACCACGUGGGUGCUGGGAAUCGAACUCUGUUCCUCUGCAGAAGCAGCCAGUGCUCUAACCACUAAGUCAUCUCUCCAGCCCCCUAAAAUGUGAUAUAUUUUAAUCUUUCAUUUUAUUUAGUCUAUAUCCUUUUAACUCACAUAUAGUAUUACUAAUUUUUGUAAGUUACCAGUUUCUUUUCCUUUCUUAGGUGAUUAUGUUAAGCAGGCUGCCCAUUCAUGAUUAUUUUAUUGCAUGAAAAAAAAGUUCCAGUUUAGGAAUGUUAAACGUUCCCCAUUGAGGGAACCAUAAAGCCAAGUGUUCGUGGUUUGAUUUCCCGUAUUUUCAAAUACUUUCAAGUUUGAAGUCUGUAAAUAUCACAUAGACCCUGCUGGGGCCCCACACGUGGCUUAUCCCUAAACAAUUUUCUCUUCUUUAAGCUUUUUCCUAUUUUUCCUUUCCUCUGAAAAAUUGCAAGAGUCGGAGGUGGUGGUGCACACUUUCAUCCCAGCGCUCAGGAGGCAGCGGCAGAGGGAUCCGAGUUCAAGGCCAGCCUGGUCUACAGAGCUGGUUCUAGGACAGCCAGGGCUACAUAGAGAAACCCUGUCUCAAAAUAACAAGAAUUAACACGCCUCUCUAUGCUAGCUGGGAAUUGGAGUGUGUGUUCCUGACCUGUUGGGUCGGGUUUAUGUCCUGCCUUGGGGACAGACUGCUUCUGCUAUCACCUGAAACCAUCUUUCCCGCUGGCUUUGGAGUUGCAGUGAACAUGUCCAUACCAGAGAAUCAAGACUCUGCGUGAUCAAAUGUGUCUUCCCAGCUGGGCAAAGUCACGUUCCUUCUGACCUAGAAAUGGAGUAUGUCCGUCCCCUGGGUGGGGAGCAAGUGCCUCUUACCUUUAUUACCAGGAUCCAGGAAAGUCAGCUAAAGGCAGCAAGGCUGCAAGGAGCAGAAGCACGGAACACAUUGUUCGAGCAAAGUCAGGAGAUAAAGUCAAAUGGCAGCAAACUGCAGUAUUCCAAAGGCAAAGCAAGCCAAAACGAUAUUCAAGUGCCCCCAGACACCUAAGAGUGGAAAACUGAAAACAGGCUGUAUGCAAACACCUUAGGUACAAACAAAACCCAAACCAGACAUCUAGACCAAAAUGUUCCGUAGCAAACACAACAGACAAUGAAAUACUCUAAAAGCAAAGCCCACUCAGAGGCUCUACCACAGGAGCUUAAACAAAUAGGCCAUGGACCCAACUGAGGGAGGCCUGAGAGUACCCGAGAAAGGACCCCCACAAUAAUCUGAGGAGACAGUAUGCUAAAUGGCGUACACGCAUUGGAUCUCUGGCUGUCCCUUGCUUCCAUCUAGGUGACUCCUCUGAGAGAGUAGAUGGGUUCUUGGAGCCCAUACUGGGUACUGUUAGUAAUAUACAUGGCUCUCACCUCCAAGGGAGAGCCUAUCCUGGAGCUAAGGAUGAGUGACCAUGGACUGGGCACAGAGAUUUAGGAUAUCCAGAUUUCAUGUUCCAACAUGGCAGCAGUAACAGAAUGAAUUGGAAACAGACAAGUUAUGGCCAAGAGGGGAAAUCUCAGCCUCUGUUAGUCACAGGGUGUUAGAUCGGACACAGGUAGGCAAAGAAUAACUAUUCGGGGCUAAAGUGAGCCCAGUUUAGGUUGUAAUAGGCCCAGCAACAUUGCAGUGUCUCCACAUGAGUGCAGUUCUAUUAGCGCUAUCUGUUAGAACCCUUAGUCAACCAGCUUUUGCAGACACAGCCUCUUUCCUGAAAUCCUCACUCAGUGCUCAUGUCCUUGAUGUGGGUUAGUGCCACAUCCCUCCAAGGGUCACUCGGCUCUUCACACACGGUGCCUGACCUGGCCCCAGGCCUACUCUAGACACUGCAGGUUCAGAGAAAGGCUGACCAGACAAACAAGACCUCUGUCCCCUGGCAUUUCCACUCCCAUGGGACAGACAGUCACAAACAAGGAAACAGCCUGGGGUUUCUGUGCUACUGGGAAAACGAUCAUUCAAUACGGGAAUGGGAUGGGCAGCCAUUGUCCCAUAAACACACCUGGGCAUCAGUGAGUGCUUUGAACGGAGACACAGCUGAGCUUCAUUUUCCUGGUGCAGAGGCAACAGGUAUUUAAAGGGACAGCACGGGGUGAGAGGACAGAACUGGUGCAGAAUGGCAGAGUGUUGGUGUGGGCAUACAGCGUGCCCAAGCUGACUGCUGUCUUCCAACAAAGGGGACAGGACUCCCUCUCUGUGGUCAUGUUCUGGAAUAAUGCCGUCAGGCCCUUGAGAGACAUCCGUGGUUGUAGGAGGUAUACAUACAUUGCAAGAGUCUCAGAAGGGCACAGAAGUCGCUGUUAGCCCUUGUUAGUAAAUGCAUUAGGGAAGGCCGGGGCCUAUGGCAGGCACUGACUCAGAUCGGAAACGCAUGCACCCACACUGGGCUUUCUCAGGAAGGUGUCCAAGGAUCACUGUGCAUCCAGGAGUCCCUCUGCAGCACAGUGGCACUGGGGCUGUAUGGAGUCACUAGGUCCUCUGUGGCACUCACUGUGAAGACCAGGUUUAAGUCACCCCUUAGCUAAGCAAAGGAGCCAGCUGUGGGGAGCUCUGGGGCUGGGCGACAGAGUUCAAACCAAAGGUCCAUGUAAGUAGAAGUGGAGAGAAGGCAGGAAGCAAUGAAGAGGCAGGUGCCUCAGGCCCUCAUGGGCAAUUUGGACUUUUUUUUAGCAAGUCACUUGGUUUUAUUUUUCCAGACUUUUUAAGUUUAAAGAAAACAAAGCAGAAAGUUUAUAGUUCCCACCUCUCCUUUCACCCCUGCCCUGUCCUCUGUCCUUCACACUUUGUAUCUGUGUGCUGUCUGCUACAGUCCUUACUUUGCUAACUAUAAAGUCCCUCCUGCCUCAUUCUCCAGGUGUAAUUCUAUGGACUCUGAGAAGGACAUGAGCACGUGUGCAUGCACACACAUGCACACCACACACACACACACACACACUGGCCACACUAUGUGAGAAACUCCAAGUUUGCAUCAAAUCCCAGAGUAGGAUGAGAAGCCAGUGGACGCAGGUAUUCAGCAAGAACUGACUGAAACAUUAAGGAGACCGGAGAGGCAGUGCACACCCACCAUCCCAGCCCUCCAGGAGGCAGGAGGAGCAAGAUCACUCUCAGCUACAUGAGGUUUGAGGCCAGCCUGGGCUACAUAAGACCCUGUCUUGAAACACAGUGAGGGUCAGUGCAUGGCUCAACAGGUGAAGGCUCAAUAUGAAACCUGACACGUGGUAGGAGACCACCACUUCCCACCGGUUGUCCUCUGACCUCCACAUGUGUGGCACGCUCAGUGUCAUGUGCACACAGACCAUGCGUGCAUAUAUACACACAUACACACUUAUGUGAGCAUAAGUCAUUUUUAAGGGAAAUGAGUAGAUUGCUUUUCUUGGCCUGGGGCUGAAGGGGUGAGAUCUCCUUCCUCAGGUACCCCUAUGUUAGCACCUGGGCUGUCUGGAAUAGAAACCCAGGAACUGAGUUGUCUUGGUGUUCAUUUUACAACCCAGGAACGGAAUGUCAGAUAGCAGCCAGCAGGGGGUAGGUGAAGGUGUGUAUGUGCUGGGUGGGGUGAUUUGCAGGAGGUGGUGCAGUGCAGCC